GCCGUUUGCUCAGAAUACCUGGUGCCUAGCCAAAGAAUGCUAUUCAGUGUGGGCCUGGGCCGCGCGCACUUCGAGAAACAGCCGCCAUCGAACCUGCGGAAAAGCAACUUCUUCCACUUCGUGGUCGCGCUCUACGACAAGGCCGGUCAGCCCGUGGAGGUCGAGCGCACAGCUUUCGUCGGAUUUGUCGAGAAGGGACAGGAAUCGGACGGCCAAAAGACGAACAACGGCAUCCACUACCGGCUGCAGCUGCUGUAUGCCAACGGUGUCCGGCAGGAGCAAGACCUCUACGUGCGGCUCAUCGAUUCUGUCACCAAGCAAGCCAUCGUGUACGAGGGACAGGACAAGAACCCCGAGAUGUGCCGGGUGCUGCUGACGCACGAGGUGAUGUGCAGUCGCUGCUGCGACAAGAAGAGCUGCGGAAACCGCAACGAGACGCCUUCGGACCCGGUCAUCAUCGACAGGUUUUUCCUCAAGUUCUUUCUUAAGUGCAACCAAAACUGCCUCAAGAACGCUGGCAACCCGCGGGACAUGCGGCGGUUUCAGGUGGUCAUCUCGAAUCAGGUGAGCGUCGAAGGACCCCUGCUGGCAGUCUCAGACAACAUGUUCGUGCACAACAACUCCAAGCACGGUCGACGGGCUAAGCGACUCGACCCAACUGAAGUACCAUUCGCCGCAACGCCUUGCAUCAAGGCAAUCAGCCCCAGCGAGGGAUGGACCACCGGAGGAUCCACGGUGAUCAUCGUCGGAGACAACUUCUUCGACGGUCUACAAGUCGUGUUCGGCACCAUGCUGGUCUGGAGUGAGCUUAUCACGUCUCACGCUAUCCGGGUGCAAACGCCUCCACGACACAUCCCCGGCGUCGUCGAAGUGACGCUGUCGUACAAAUCCAAACAGUUCUGCAAAGGUGCGCCGGGGAGAUUCGUCUACGUAUCGCUCAACGAGCCCACAAUCGACUACGGGUUCCAGCGGCUAGCCAAACUCAUCCCGCGCCAUCCAGGCGACCCCGAAAAACUUCCAAAGGAGAUCAUCCUCAAGCGGGCGGCCGACCUUGCCGAGGCACUGUACAGCAUGCCUCGGCAGAACCAGCUCUCGCUGCAAGGGCCACGCUCUCCUGCCCUCUCCGGAGGAUCGGCCGGUUUCAACGCGUACGCCGCCGCCGGUCAGCUGGCCGUCAACGUCCAGGAAAACGGCAUGGGAGGCAUAGUACCGUCCCACUUCGCCGCCAUGAACCCAUUCGCGCUGCCUACGUGCAACGGCCAGUCAUACGGCGGCUCCAUCGUCACCUCGGGUGCCAAGUGACGCUGAGCGGCCGUUGCCUUGUACAGUGUGUAUUAUGACGGACUCAUUUUCUACGGUGUACAUACGGAGCAUAGGAGGAACCCUGCUGUACAGAUCCGACCAGACUACGCGGCGUCGCAGUCGCUGGCAGAGGCGCCGCCCAGCCCCUGCGGCGCCGGAAGCCCGUGUCAUUUCAU